UUAUACUUCGCCAAUGCUUACCUUGUAAAGGACAACCAAAUAAAAGUAACAGUCUUGACAAGGUGCCAGUACCGUCCGCAACUUAAAAUGCAACUUGGAGGUGCGAAACCUGUUGAUAUGAUAUUACAUCCUUUCGAAGAGUGUCCAACUGCCUUCGUGCCGAGGUGUUUAUAUAACGGACAAUACGGAACCGCAAACAAUCUCAACUACUCUCAGAUUGCACUGCUUAUGAAGCGAAAAGAAAAACUGCAUAUCUUCUAUCCUGACCAACCUGAGCGCAAGGUAUCGUUGGACUUAACCGAUUCUAGACUGCAGACACCUCAACGCAGAUUAACCGUUUGUGCGCCUCCGAUUGAGCAUUAUGCUACAUGGACCGUUUUACCAAGAUCCUUUUAUACUACUGCUGCAAUACAACACUUCUUUAAUAAGCAAAGUCAAAAACAGAUGUGGAUUAACCAUGGAGCGACAAAAUUUAUUUUCUAUCAACAGACCUUUUCAAAAGAAGUAGAUGCACUCAUCAGAAUGUACGAACACGAUAAGACCAUCGAGAUUGAAAGGGUACCGUGGGGCAUAAUUCCAUUACCUGAAAACACUCCGGAAGAAGAAGACCCAAACAAGCAAGUAUAUCGAGCUGAGCAAGUGUUGGCCUGGAAUGACUGCAUUCUUCGUUCAAGAGGAAAGACAGAAUAUCUUGCCUUAGCCGACUUUGACGAGGUUUUUGUAUUGUACAAUAAUCAGUCAUUCCUCUCAUUCCUUGACAGCUUGUUGGAAAAAGAACCAAAUGCGGGAUCUUUUUCGUUUUUGAGUGCUACAGCUUUUAUGCAGGUUACCAAUCAAGUGUUUAAUCAACAUACCUAUUCGAAUGCAACUAACCCAUCACAAAUUCAGUUUGACGAUCAUUACGAAAUUCAGGUAGAAAAUCAAGUCUUCCCGCACGGAUCAAUGAGCAAGGUGGUAGUUAUCCCAGAAAGAAUAAAGUCUGAAAUAGUGCACGAAUCUUUAAGUAUGGAAAAGCCAUUUACGAAACAUGUUGUUGACCCGAAAGUAGGCAAGAUUUUACAUCUAAGGCUGGAACGUCUGAUGUACGAUAUGACCGAUCUGCACGUCCCGACUACAGUUGUUGCGAGGUAUGUUCCGGCAUGGAGCCGAAGAUAUAAGGAAGUCCUGAACAAAGAAAUGGAAAGAUUGAGAAAUUCAACUUCGAUUGCAGGGUUGACUUUAAAAACGCAGCAAUGGAAAAAUAAUGGCAUCGAGGCAAUGAAAGAGUUAACGAGCUGCUUUGACGCGCUCUGGAAUGAAGAUAAAGUAUGUCCGACGCGACACAGAUGUCUUGCUCGUUUGCAAACUAUGAAGUACAACGAAUGGGUUUCUGGCGGAAGUAACUGGGCUGUUUUAUAA